AGGCCGAAUAUUGGCACAUUUACUAUUUUGGGCUUACUUUAUACAUUUUUACAUACUAUUCUAAAAAUAAAAUCGAUAGAAAGUCGAGAGAAAUGAAUGAAUUUCGAUAGAUUUAUGAUGUUUUUUGGAGUAUUAUUAUGCUAUUACUUCCACAAUAUUUCCAUUUUUUUUCUUUAUUGUUUAUCCUACGAAAAUGGCUAUGGGAUUACGUUCUAAGCUUAAUCAUGGCAAUUCUUCCUUUGCUCGUGCUCCUCCUUACCUUUUCUCUUCAGUUUGUCUCUUGGCUUUGCUCUCCCUUGCUGCCCUUUUCCUUCUCAAGGUUGAAGACUUUGCUUACCAAACGAAAACAGUUGCUGGACACAACUUAAAGCCUACACCAUGGCAUUUGUUUGAGACAAAAGUCUUUGAUGAAAGAACGAGCUAUUCUCGAGCUACCAAGAUUGUACAGUGCCAAUAUUUCCAGUGUCGCUCGAAUGUUCUCCUUAAUCAUCCUUUACAACUUGACCCUUCUAAACUGUCAUCAUGCCCAGAUUUUUUCAGAUAUAUAGACAAAGAUUUAGAGCCUUGGUCAAAGACCAAAAUAAGUUUGAGCCAUGUAAAUGAAACCAAGCAAUAUGCAGCUUUUCGGGUUGUAAUUGUUGAGGGCCGAUUAUUUGUAGAUUUCUAUUAUGCUUGUGUCCAAAGUCGUAUGAUGUUUACUAUAUGGGGAUUGUUACAGCUUCUCAAACGAUAUCCUGGCAUGGUUCCUGAUGUUGAUUUGAUGUUCGACUGUAUGGACAAGCCUGCCAUUAAUAGAACGGAGCAUGCUUCUAGGCCUUUGCCACUUUUCCGGUACUGCACCACAGCUGAUCAUUUUGACAUUCCAUUUCCCGAUUGGUCUUUUUGGGGUUGGCCCGAGGUUAACAUAGGACCCUGGGAUACAGAAUUCAGAGAUAUUAAAAGAGGUUCUCGUUCUAGGAGCUGGUCGAAGAAAUGGCCUUUUGCCUAUUGGAAAGGAAACCCAGAUGUUGGUGCUCCAAUUCGCACUGCGUUACUGAACUGUAAUGAUACUGCACAAUGGAGAGCACAAAUUCUUCGUCAGGAUUGGGUAGAGGAGGCAAGAGCUGGGUAUAAGAAAUCUAAAUUAUCUAGUCAGUGUAAUCACAAGUAUAAAAUCUAUGCUGAAGGUUAUGCCUGGUCUGUGAGCCUAAAGUAUAUAAUAUCUUGUGGCUCUCUUACGCUGCUGAUAACCCCUCAGUAUGAAGAUUUCUUUACUCGCGGUCUUUUACCAAAGAAAAACUAUUGGCCAGUGUUCCCUGAUGAUCUAUGCCCGAACAUCAAACGUGCUGUUGAGUGGGGUGAAUCACACUCUGCAGAGGCUGAGGCUAUAGGAAAAGCUGGCCAAGAUUACCUGGAUACUUUGAACAUGGAUCGUGUAUAUGAUUACAUGUAUCAUCUCAUUAAAGAGUACUCAAAGUUGCAAGACUUCAAGCCAAUACCGCCUUCAUCAGCCCAGGAACUCUGUAUUGAAUCUCUGCUUUGUUUCGCAGACCCAAAGCAAAAGCAAUUCCUUGAACAGUCAGCUACAUCUCUCUCGUCUAUGCCUCCAUGCGUCCUCCCUAAGCCUGAUUAUGGGAUUCUUAAGACAUGGAAGAAACAAAAGGAAACAAUGGUUCAAGAUAUCAUCAAACGAACGUGACAUUUUUGAUGGUUGAUAAUCGUUCAACAGAAAAGAAAAGGCUACACAUAAGACAUCUGACUGUGUUCUCAUCCUCAUCAUCAUCCUCCGCUUCUUUGAUGGUUGAUAUAUGUUACACAGGUCAACCUCCUUUGUUGGUCAUUGCUCUAAUCCCUCAGAAAAUUUUGAUAUUUUAGGUUUAUACACACAUAUAUACAUAUUAUAUAUAUAUAUAUAUAUAUAUAUAUAUAUAUAUAUACACACACACGCAUAUCUACACAUAUAUAUUCCCGACUAUGUAAGAAGAUAGUUUGGAAUGAGAACACUCUGUGUUUAGAGUUCUCGUUCCAAACGAUUUACUAAAAAGUUUCUCAUAACUAGCAAAGGUGCUUUUACUAGAUGCAUUUUUGUCCGUGGUUAUGUACCAAAAAUGUUGAUGAUUAUCACUUUUUGUAACGAUGAUGAUGCAUAAGGGACUGCAGCUUGCAGACUCAAGCUUUCUCUUACAGCUGAUGUUGAUUUUUUUUGUUAAGCUCUUCCACUUGAUAUGGCCAAUAUGUUAUGUUGGAAUUAUGGCUUUAACAUUGUUGUAAAUUUAUUGUCGUGAGCUAUUCUUUAUUAAUCAAUGUGGCUAUUG